AUUUUCUGAAAAAGUGAAUAUAAAAUAUAUAUAUGACCUAAUUAAGGAAUGUAUAUAAUCGGAUUUAUUAUAAAGGUAAAAGCACACAUAAUAAACAAUAUGGCGAACGCGAAUGUACGGGGAAAUGCAGUUGUGAUAGUAAAUGAAAAAUUUGGAGAAGAAUCAAACCUGGAAUUGAGGAAGGGAGCAAAGAUAGACAAAGACAUCUUGAUUUCAAUCAUUCGUGGACUUGGAUUUAAAUGCAUCAAUGAAAAAGAUAGUUUAAAUGUUUCGUCAACACGUUGGCAGCAUGAAGGUUAUAUGAAAGAGAAUUGUGAUUGUCUUAGUUGUCGGGUGAAUACAACAACAGCCCUAAAUGACGGUACGGACUGUUUUCUAUUUGCUAUAAGUACCCAUGGAAGAGAGGAGAAAGGUUCUAUGGAGCUUCAGUUUAGUGACGGAAAACCUGUUAAGCUGAAAAGCAUUGUAGAUGUUCUGAAUAGCGACUCACUGAGGGGGAAGAAGAAAAUUCUGAUAGUGCAAGCCUGCAGAAGUCGGGAGGAUAAAGCACAAGCUAAUGAUCCUGGCAUAACGACUGCAAUACUUGAGGAACAGGAGAUGAUGGAGGCCGAGAGGAUGAACCUCUUCCGUAGCUUUGUUAAGGAGAGAAUCAACACAGAGACCGUAUUGGCUGAGCAAGAAGUGUUGAGCGAAGCUACGAGACUGAAGGUGAAGGGCAGUGCUACUCUUGUGCUCGUCGAACUACUCAUGGACGAAAAUGUUCUCACUCAGAUCGAACAGCACAAUAAUUUACUGAAAAAAUUUUGCCAAAACAACCUGAAGGCACAGAAAUACUUGUUGGGUGGUAUGGAGCAGCUGCUUGGUAAGUUCAAGGCGACCUUGAUGCCGAAGGUGAAGAAGAUCUUCUAUAAGUUGUAUUGCGUCGACAUCCUUGAAGAGAACGUGUUCAUCGAAUGGAGCGAGACGGUUGAGUCUGAGUUUGUGUCUCAGUCGGUUGCUCAGGAGAUCCAUAAGAAGGCGUCACCGUUUAUCAAGUGGUUGAAGGAGGCAGAGGAGGAGGGCGACAGCAAUGGCGAUGAUGGAGACGAGGUGCAAAAACAACCCAAGACAAGAAAUGAUGACACAGACUCAGAUUGUUCCAAUGGAAUAGUCACAACGUUAGAUUUGCCAGCAGAUUUUAUCGUUAUCUACGCUUGUUGGUCUGGCAGAUACGCCAAACGAGAUCUAGCCGAAGGAUCCUGGCUACUUUUAGAUUUAAAAACAAAGAUCGAAAGCCAUUUUGUUAGAAAUAGCAGUUUGAAUUUUCUACAAACACUGACUAAAACUGUGGCAGCAGUGGCGGAAAGGGAAACCGUUUGCUGGAAAAGGAAAGAAGACAAUACGUACGAGCGUGACGAAGAUGGGGAACGAGUGAAAGAUCCUGUAAGUUCAGGAAUGAAAAGCACAGUAACAAUAGCACAUACAUUGAGGGAGCCACUGAUAUUCCAGAGAUCCACCGCGGAUGAUACCCCAAGCUAUUAAAAUAUCCGAAUUAAACUGCGAGUUAUGAAUGAUCAAAGUCCACCAAAGUUAUUGUUUAAAAUAUUUAUGACACUAUUUUAUCUCAAGAAUAAGCACUUACUGACAAUAUAAAACGCAAAAUAAAACUGCUGAUCGUUUACUGUUGCAGAAAUAUCAAAAUUACAUGUUUACAGUGUAUAUCAAAUUCCUGUGUAUUACGUCACCUGUUUUCGAUGGUCACAUGGUAGAUACAGAUACUGCUCAAAAUGCUUAAGUGCUUCAAUUGGAUUGAUAUGCUUAGUAAUUUAUUGUGUUUAAAACAUUAAUAAGGAUCGA